AUGUCUUCUAAAAUAAAUAAUAUGUUAUUUUUGUGUAAUUUUGACACAAUUUUAAAUAAUUCAGAACUAGAGAUUAUUAAAAAAUUGUGGUCAGGAAAAUGGACUAUCAAUGAUACUGAAUUCUGUAAACAGCUGUUAUCCUGUGGAUUAGAGACGGAAAACUUAUUAGAUAUAUUCAAGAAAUAUUGGAAAGAUGAUGGCUUCAAUGAAAAGAUAUUGGAUUUAGCUAUUAGUGCAUUUUUAACUUACUGCAAUAUUAAUUGGAACACCCUUCCUGAUCAAGUCGAUUUACAGCAAUAUUUUGGUAUUGAAUGGCCUAAAGGUACAGAAGUUUUUAUAAAGCUGCAGUGUGAUUCUGAACCAUUGUAUCCAAAUGUAGUCAAUCCAGAAUUAUUGUACUUUUCUUUACAAAUAUUUGGUGCUCUGUGUUCUUUGGAACAAAACUUGGUUCAUCUGUGGUGGUAUUUUCGUAGUAAAGUUACUCAUCAAAGAGCACUAGAAGAAACAAGUGCAAGUCUUUAUAAUGAACUAGAACUCAUCAUGGCAAAGUUGUCAAAUGAAUCACAGAAAUUAAAUAAUCCUCGUCUGAAAGUUUUGUUGUAUAUAGAAAUGGCACAAGCAUACCUUAUCUAUGGUAGAGUGCAAAAUGUAGAAGAAUAUUUACUUAAGGCCAAAGACCUUGCUGGUUUAAAAAUGGAAUUGACUGGUAUCUUGGGAAAACGAACCAAAUUCCAACAAAAUGCUCUACCUCAAUUAGCUUUAACAAGCGAGCUGGACUUGACUGUGGAACGUGAUUCUGCAGAAAUAAGCCAUGGCAAUUCAGAGCUACCACCAGAUAUAGAGUUGCAAGAUGACGUGAGGCUUAAUAAAAUACAAUUUAUUGAGAAGAUUAGUCAGGCAGAGCUACCGAGCUUAGAGCAGACACUGAGUUUACUGACUGUUCAGUACUUACAAAAAUCGCAGCCGAAGGAUGACCUCACUACAGAAGAACUACAGCCAUACAUUGAAGCGAUUCUCUCGCAACAGAAAGGUCCAUGGUCGACUCGGGUCGCAGCCUUACUGAUACGGUGUAAAUUAGAAGCUAACCACAAGCGCACAGUCGAGCGUGCCAUGUUACAAUGCGAGACUAUCGUGAAUGAUAAAACCGGCGUUUCUGGUACGAGCAGGCUAUCAUACCUUUGGGCUAGUGGUCUCCCAGCUGCAUGGACAUGGCGACAGCAAUUGGGCGACUUAUACCUCAGCAUGGGGCUGGUGAAGGCGGCCCUCGAGGAAUACCAGCGAUUGCAAUUGUGGGAGGAAGUGAUUGUCUGCUAUACUCUGUUGCAGCUACGUCACAAGGCGGCGGAGAUCAUACAACAGCAAAUAGAUGUAAAACCCACUGUCAAAUUAUAUUGUCUUCUUGGAGACGCAACAGAUGACGUAUCGUGGUAUGAAAAAGCGUGGGAUUUCUCAGAUCAGAAAAGCAGUCGCGCUCAAAGACACUGGGGUAACUUCCUGUUCGACCAUAAACGUUACGAAGAAUGCAUACCGCAUUACGAAAAAUCCGUUGAGAUUAAUUCCCUACAGGAGAGCGUCUGGGCGAGAUUAGGAUACGCUGCCUUGAUGAUUGAAAACUGGGAGUUGUCAGCUAAAGCAUAUCGCCGAUACACAUAUCUCCAUCCCAACACAUUUGAAGCCUGGAACAAUCUGGCUAAGGUGUACGUAAAGCAGGGCGAUAAAAAUCGGGCGUACAGGGCUCUGAUGGAAGCACUUCGCUUUAAUUAUGAUAAUUGGAAGCUCUGGGAGAACAUCAUUGUCGUCAGCAUGGAUACAGGUCACUUCGAGGACGUGCUUCGCGGUAUCCACCGUAUUCUCGAUCUACAGCGGAAGUUUGAGGAUGUGGAGGUGUUGUCAUUGCUUGUGCGCGGUAUUAUUCAAGACAGUAAAGAUGCGGACGGCAACAGUGCUGCCAGGUUACGUAAACGCGUACUGGAACUUUUUGGUAGAAUUACUUCUAUACAUCAGAAUAAACCAGAAAUAUGGCAGUUGUACUCCGACCUUAGUACGACUUAUUUGCUAAAAGCACAGCGCCUUUUAAAAGCAUAUAAGGGGUACACACAAAGUGGUAAUUGGUCAAACGAUCCCGAAACUUGUAAAAAAGUUAUAGAACUUGCUCAAGUUUUUUUAGAAUACAGCUUAAAAGCAAGAAAAGAGGCAGAAGAAAAUGACAAGCAACAAGCUGAUCAGGAGCACUCCAAUCAAUUGCUAAAUCAUUUGACGGAGUCUGAAAAGCUGUUCUUAAUUGGUGCUAAUCCUGAGAAUGCCAAAUUUGAUAUAGUUCAUUUAAGACAACCGAAACGCCAUCAGAAGUUCCUACUUAUGAGGAGAUGGACGAAUAAUACAGAAGCUGUUAUCGAUCAACAUGCUGACGAAGAAUUGGAUCUAUGUUAUUAUAGAAGUGAUAGUGCUGCCUUGUAUGCUUGUGAAGAUAUGAGAGGAUUGUUUAAAGUAAAUGGAAGCUUCUAUUAUAUACAUCCAUUACCUGAGAGAUUUCACAGCGACGAGACUAAACUACACGUUAUUGUCAAACGUCACACAGACGAUGAAAAUUACACCAACCAGGUAACAUGUCUGGAUUAUGCUCAACCUUUAGAAGUUGAAGGCCUUGGGUCCGGAUCAACAGAUUCAGCUGCAAAUGAGGAUGAAAUAUUAGAAGGUUUUCUGUGUCCUAUUUGUAAAGCAGAUUUAAAAUCUGCUACACAGUUAACGAAUCACUUUGAGAGUUUACACCAGGAAGAACAGGACGUCCUUAAAUCUUUAAAAGACAUAUUUGGAAAAGCGAAAAAAAUAAUAUUAAAUAAUGAAGACGACUUGAAAGAAACAUUUGAUCGGGCUUUAAAAUUUAAUUCCCAGGAAUACUAUUAUCCUAGCGAAGAACAAGUAAUAGGCGUGUCACGUUGUUCGACGGACUAUUUCAAGGGUGUCAGAUCGGCGAGACUAGAAAGAUAUGCAACUGAAACGAAUAAGCUGCUUAUUCGAUUAGAUAAGCUUGUUUGUAAUAUGCCCAGUGAGCUAAAUCAAAGAAAAGCACAUGAACAGGAAGUUGUACCAUGGUUGGAUGGAUCUUCAGUGAAACUUUGUCCCAAUUGUGCAAAAGCUUUCAAUCUCACUAGGAGAAAGCAUCACUGUCGUCUUUGUGGUUCUAUAUUGUGCCAUGACUGCUCAGUUUUUCUUGAUAUAAAUAUAGCAAAAUCAAUAGUUGAUCCAUCUUUACCUCAAGCUUCAACACAAGCAGAUCAAGAAGUAACUGAAAAAAAUGGCCUAAGGCUCUGCGAGCACUGUUUUAAUCUCAUAGAGCUGAGGAAGCAAAUCCAGGAUAGUCGAAAUGCAAAGACUGUUCUAGUGACAGCAUAUGAGCAAAUGCGGAGUUUGAUGGAUCAGGCUAGGCCCGCUGUUGCAAUGUAUGAAAAGAUGUGUCAAAGUCUUUUUGAUGGCGAGACGACGUACAACUUAUCGGAUGUGAAUGCAUUGCGCGGUCGCAUUGGCAAGCUGGCAGAGGGCAUUGACCUACUGAGCAAGCAGAUUGCUGGCUUUCCCGCGGAUCCAGGAACAAGGCAGGCAAAACUACAGAGUUCUAUAAGACAAGCUGCAGCACAUUUUAUUAAGGAAGAACUCCUAUCACUACGCAAAUUACCGACAGAAGCGCAGAUAGACGAAGUUCGCAGAGAACGGUACGAGCGGGCGCAAAAGCAGGUUCAGAUGGAAAGGGAGAGGAUGGAGAGAGAAAGAGAUUGGAGAGGAGAAGAGGCUGGCUCGAGCGGGAGCCGAGUAGAGAAUAAUCCAGAAGUAGACGAUAAUAAUCCUCUUAUAGAGCAAAUGAAUAUCAUCCGCGGCUAUAUAAAAGAGGCGAGAAAGGAGCUUAAAUUUGAAGAGGUUGCCAUUUUGGAGGCAAAUCUUAAAGAACUGAAGAAGGAGUAUCAACUGCAAAUGCUCUCAAACAAGUCCUAG